AAAAACGUCUUUUCUACUCCUUUAUACCCAGAAUUUUUUUCAAUUUUUUCGAUAAAUCGAGCGAAAUACAAUUUUCAUAGUUUGCGUUAUCCUUUCCGAGAUAAGUCACGCUUACGCUCCUUCUUAAUACUUUUUCUGUACUGAAUAUCUAAAUUGAUUUGAAAUUUAUUAUUUAACUAUUUGAAAUGAUAGAUUGAUUAGAGAAAAGCGCUAAUCAUCUAUCGGAUUUUAUUUAUAUUAUUUUCAGCGGAUUGUUUUUCGAGAGAGGCUUUUCAUCUAUCGGCUGUUGAUUACACUAUCGGACUGUCCUUGUUGUUUAUUUCUAACUAGUGCGUUCUCAAUACAGCAGUACUAAGAGAUUGGCCAAUUUGUACUGUUAAAAGACUCAUUGAUCGCUGUAAACACGAAAUAUUAUAUAAGAGAUUUUCAUUCGCAUUGAAGGUGUAAAUCUAUUUAUGAUGAAAUUUGUGUUGCCAGAAGUAACUGGAAAGAUACGUAGUGCUGAGAGUGGUAAUGAUGCAGAUAGUCAGGUACACAGCAUGUCAUCUACAAGCGAGGAAGAUUCUUGUGAUGAUGCUGAGAAUGAGGAUUCGAGGAAACUAAAGGAAAAUCGUAAUAAUUCAAAUGAUAACCCCGAUGAAAAUAUAUUAUUUUCUAGUGUCAUUUCUUCACAGCGAUCCAAAAAAGAUCUCAUCAAAUAUAGUCUCUUCUUUAAAGAACUUGAAAACUUGUACUCUCAACUGUCUCUUACUUGGACAAUAACAGAGCAACCAAAUGAUCAAGACAUAAAAUAUUCGAAAGACGAGAGAAAAAUGCACGAAGCAAAAUUCAAGCAGUUAAAAGUCAUGUCGGAAGAAACGAAACUCAUAGAAAACAAUGUUAAUAUAAACAAAAAUUACGAAACUGACUUAAAACGAGUUAGUGCAAUCUCCACAAAUGUUAGCAACGAGCACGCUUAUUGUGCUCUUGCCAGCAUGGUCAAAAGCGUCAUUAAUUUUGUUAAAGUAGCAUACCCUGAUUUAAUCGGUGGGGAUAGUCUAGGCAAACUUGAACCACUAAAUGCCAAAGAUAGAAAGGUGUGCAGAUCUAAGUUAUUAGCUUGUGCAGAUAGAGCGUUACGAUUUGAUAAUUUAAUGCAAGAAACAGCCUACGAUUUGGACGCGUUAACCAUGAAUAAUGUGACUAAUGGCAAGAUGAAAACUAAUGAUCAAUUGCUAUGUAAUUGGGAUUUGAAGAGAAUAGGCAAGCACACCAAUGAUUCAAAGCAGUUGCAUUUCGAAUCCAGAUUUGAGAGUGGUAAUCUGAGGAAAGCAAUACAGAUAGCGCCAAGAGAAUAUGAUUUAAUAUUGACACCGGAUGUCAAUAGCGGUUCCAGGCAUCAAUGGUUCUACUUUGAAGUGUCUAAUAUGGAAAAAAAUGUCCCGUAUACGUUCAACAUCAUUAAUUGUGAGAAAACAAAUUCUCAAUUUAACUUCGGAAUGAAGCCUCUCUUAUUCAGCGUGACAGAGGCUCAGCUUGGCAAUAUUGGCUGGGUGAGAGCAGGCGUUGACAUUUGCUACUACAGAAAUUAUUAUCAACAACCGUCCAAGGAAAAGAAUUAUUUAACGACAUCUUUUACUAUAACAUUUCCUCAUUCCUAUGACGUCUGUUACCUUGCAUAUCAUUUUCCUUACACUUAUACGCAAUUGUUGAUCAAUAUAUGGAAGUGGUCGAAGAAACAGACAUUGGAAGAUAUUUACUUUAAAGUAGACACCUUAUGUAACACCUUGAAUGGCAACGAAAAUCCACUUGUAACUAUCACUUCUCCUGAGUCAAAAGGAAAUCUCAUAAAAAAUCGAAAAAUUAUUUUUCUCACGUCCAGAGUUCAUCCUGGCGAGAGUAACGCAUCUUGGAUGAUGCAUGGUACCUUAGAAACGUUAUUGGGCAGUUCCACAUAUGCAAGGAGUCUCCGUGACGAUUACGUUUUCAAAGUGAUUCCAAUGCUGAAUAUUGAAGGGGUUAUCAAUGGCUG